AAUAUUUCACUCAGGGUGAAGUAACAUCGUAAGAGGAAAUUAAAACCAAAUUAAGCAUUUUGCUCUCUAUAAAAUCAGUAGCUCAUAUUGUAUAGUUUGUUAUGUUGCUCCAGAGCCCCCCCCAUCUGCAGUCUGUUGUGUCUCCAUAAUCCGUAGAAUGGUGCUUUUCAACAUUACUCUUUCCCGGGAGUAAUGACAGGCUGCUUCACUCUAUGGAAUCAGUCGAGAACUGAACCAGUUUAUUUAAGGAGCUUGAGAUGUACACACGGAGACACAAGAGGAUGCUGGUGCUGGGUUAUUGAGCAGCAACCACGAUGUCACAGGUCCGUUUACGACCCCCGUCCCAGGGCUGCUCGACCACUGAGUUCCUCCAGCAGAUUCUUUACUGUUCUGUUGGAGUGGCGUGGCGGCUAUAGCGUACUUGCUAUGACAGCUCCGACCACUAGAUGUGGUUUGAUUCCUGCCUCGUCCUGUAAGAAGUUUUGGAGGCUCCUCUGAGCGCGUUGGUUUCCUCCCAGCGACUUGUCGUUGGGGUUAUUGCAUAUUAAAUUGGCAUUGGAACCAUAGUGUCACAAGCGGGCUGACUUAUGCACAGUUCCCGGAUUGUGACUGUUCUUGGCGCGAAAUGACGCAUUUCACUGUUUCUUUGAUGUUUCGAUAUACGUGUGACAAAUCUAAUCUUCAUCUUUGAAUACGUACUCGACGCUGGAAGUACUCAGCAGGUCAGGCAGCAUCCGUGAGAAAAGAGUAGCCAACGUUUCGGGCGGAGACCCUUCAUCAGGAAGCCCAGUAAUAGAGAUAGGGGAGGGGGAAGGGCUAGAGGCGCCAGGUGGUGAACCAAUCAGAGGAAGGAUAAGGGGGGAGGGGAUAAACAUGAAAGAACUGUAGAGAUAAAGGAGCAGAAAGUUGAAAGGGGAGAGAGGCAGAGAGGGACCUAGGAUAGGGGAGGGGGGGAAUUACUGGAAAUUGGAGAAUUCAAUGUUCAUACCACCAGGCUGGAGGCUACCCAGACGGUAGAUGAGGUGUCGCUCCUCCAACCUGAGUUUGGCCUCAUCAUGGCAGUAGAGGAGGCCAUGUAUGGACAUAGCUAGAUGAGAGUGAGAGGGAGAGUUGAAGUGGGUGGCAACCGGGAGGUCCUGUCUAUUGUGAGCUAUUGUCUAUUAUUUUUGUGUUUUAAUCUUUAUCUUUUAUCGGUGUCUUUAUUUUGGCAUGGACUUUGAAUGAUCUGAUGGUGCACUGGCAACGCGGCUUACUUCUCAACUCUGCGCAGUGACAAACAGUCCGACCUGGAACCUUAACUGCUUCUCUUCCCACGAAUGCUGCCUGUCUACCUGAGUAUUCCCAGCAAUUCCUGUUGUUAUCUUAGAUUUCCAUCAUCAGUUGUGUUGAUUCUUGAAUUUUACCUCUUGGCAUUUCGCGCCUUUGCAAGAGAACUGGAAUAUUUUGUUCGCCGUUAAGAAAAUGAUAAGACGAUCAAUAGAUUGGCCCGGGAAUGUACAUUCCGUAUAUUUUUCGUUCUCCAUUGUAAACAUGCGAAGAAACUCUGUCACUAUUCAGGUGAAAAUGAAAAGGUACAUAUCUCAAGUAUUGAGAAGGCGCCACCCUCAGGGCUCCCGUUCCUUUCGCCAGUUCCCGGCCACUGCUGGCUCCAUGCCCGUGAUGGGCUGGUUCGUAACGGAAUUUUAGCAUUGCACAAAUAGAAACCCUCGCAUGGAAGUGAUAAGGAGAUGUCUCGGAGCUUUUUUUUGACUCGUAUAACGACUUCCUUCGGGAGUAAGUGCAUAAAGUUAAAAGGGAUUGCAAGAGAGGGGUGUGUUUUUUUUAAUGUCCCGUUUAAUUACUGCUGCCACGUAGAGUUCUCGACUCCCCUUUGCUUCAGAGCUGGCUACCCACAGUGCACAAGCUCAAAGUUUAGUCUCUGACUGAUUGUACACUGCUUAACGCUCGACUCCAGCUCCUUUCAUUCGCACUCCAAACCCAGACUAUGUACGCUUCAAGUAGGAAUGCGUUUGGGGCUCGUUGACAGCGAGCAGCACUGUCUCUGCCCACCCUCCUACCCAUGUGUCCCGGGACCCCAGUAAAAUGGAAACAAGCGAAGAGGACAUUCGCGCAACGGCACGAUUGUUCUGAAGACUGCCCCCUACAACGAGACGGUAUCGGCGUCAUGCUUUGAAUCGUUGCAUUUUCGCGAAGACCGUGAAGGAGCGAACGCGUGUACAAUCGAUGCACAGGGAAUGUCUUUGCUGAUAAUGAGCUUCGAUUGUGGAAGUUUCGGACCCCAGUUCCCUGGAACUGGCAAGAGAUGGUACCGUGGAUUUUAGCAUCGAGUUAAACUACUCCCAAAGUGACGAUGACUUUGCCGCCCUCUGUAACGCACUGAUAUCACCAUGCCCAUCAUUUCCCGAAGCAGCGACAACAACAGUAACCCGAGCGACUCGUCUUGUAGUUCCUUGAAUCAGAUUGCUCCCUUAAUUCACGCCGAAACCGCCCCUGUCAAAGGAGCCUACUAUCGACGGUCGGGAAGGAUCCGCCGUGCGAAUCAACUGACCCAAAUAGACCAGAAGCAACACAUCAUCCUCAACGUGGGGGGUGCCAAGUAUUUGGUGCCCUGGUUAACUUUGGACGAAUUCCCACUUACAAGGCUUGGGAGAUUAAAGUUUUGCCGCAACUAUGACGAAAUCGUGCAGAUCUGCGACGAUUAUGACGAGUCCUCCAACGAGUAUUUCUUUGAUAGGAACCCGUGCGCUUUCCGCAUGAUCAUCACCUUCAUUUCUGCGGGCAAACUGCGGCUUUUGAGAGAGAUGUGUGCCCUCUCCUUCCAAGAAGAGCUUGUUUACUGGGGGAUAGAGGAGGCCAACUUGGAGACCUGUUGCCGCAGGAAACUCAUUCGGAGAGUCCGAGAGGUGGCGAAGAUCAGGAAAGGAGAGGAGGUUGAGGGGAAGGAGGAGGAAGUCGAUGCUCUGGUUACGAACGGCAAAUUGGGUUACUAUAUGGACAAACUGCGAGAUAUGGUGGAGAAUCCUCAUUCAGGACUGCCUGGGAAAGUGUUUGCCUGUCUUUCCAUUUUAUUUGUCACGAUAACGGUAGUUAGUCUUUGCAUUGGUACAAUGCCAGAUUUAAGGUCGGAAGAAGACCGGGAUAAAUGUUCCCAGAGGUGCUAUAACAUGUUUAUAAUAGAAACCAUCUGUGUAGCCUGGUUCUCCUUGGAGUUUGUGUUACGUUUUAUCCAGGCACGAAGCAAGUGGCAGUUUCUGAGAGGACCUUUGAACAUUAUUGACAUAUUGGCAAUUUUACCGUAUUACAUUUCGCUCUUGGUUGACAAAGGACCUGGAGAUAGUUAUAAAUCUUCAGGAAGCAACAUCUAUUUGGAAAAAUUGGGGCUGGUGCUCCGAAUAUUGCGGGCCUUGAGAAUUCUGUAUGUCAUGCGACUUGCCAGGCACUCCCUGGGACUUCAGACAUUGGGCCUCACUGUGCAGCGGAGCAUUCGUGAGUUUGGACUCUUGCUUCUUUUCCUCUGCGUGUCUGUCACUCUAUUUGCACCACUUGUGUACCUUGCAGAGAAGAAGACGGGAAAAGGAGGAGACUUCAGCAGUAUUCCUGCAUCCUAUUGGUGGGCUAUCAUUUCUAUGACAACAGUCGGAUAUGGUGACAUGGUGCCUCAGAGUAUUCCUGGGCAGGUGGUAGCUCUGAGCAGCAUCCUCAGUGGGAUCCUAAUAAUGGCAUUUCCUGCAACUUCCAUUUUCCAUGCAUUUUCCCGUGCAUAUGUUGAACUAAAACAAGAACAAGAGAGGGCCCAGGCCCGGUUGAAAUGCAUUGAAAAGGCAGCAAAGCACUCAGAGAAUGAAGGCUUCCAAGACACAAACAAUUGUUCCAAUGAAUUUAUUGGCAAAGAGAAAAAAGUUUUCAAUUACUUGUGAUUUUAUGGAUUGAUUCAUUGUUGCUUCUUAUUUGUGUUGAAUUACAAAGAAUGUAUAGCACCACAAAAGGCCAUUUGCCCAAGUAACCUCUGGUAGUGUUUAUACUCCACACAAACCUUGUCUCAUUCCAUCUACCUCAUGUCAGACUUACAGUAUAUCUUUCUAUUCCCUUUUCUCUCCCGACCUUAUCUACUUCCCUUCUGAACAAAUCCAAGCCCGCUAAUAUUCCUAAUGAUAGUGAUUUACUUAUGCAAACCGGUUCCUCAGUAAAAAAAAAACAAAUUCCUUAUUUUCCUAUAAAUUCCUUAUUUUGGUUUCUUCCUUGGGAAACACUAGGGGCAACAUUAAUUCUCAACACCGGGUCAGUUUUAGUGGGUUGAGAAAUUAAAGUAUAAAAGGAAUUGAAACAGCAAUGCAGUUUGUUUAAAACCUGCUCCUUCCUUGUUCAAUAAAAUGGCGGAAGAGGUAGGUGACCGAUCCUUAUCCUGGAAGAAGGCCAUGUGAUAAAAAGGCCCUUUGAAGAAACAUUGUGCUUCUUUUUGUUUAAAGAAAAAAGCUACUUUUAACACGUUGGACAAAAUUUCUGGGCCCUGACAGAUAAGCAGAGGGCCAAUCAAACAAGCCUAAUGGAUCUUGAGUAGGACCAAAUGUUCUCAACAAGAUUAUCCUUACAACUGUACACUACUUGUUUGAACCCUUGAUUGAGAACUAUUUGUUUCUUACCUGAACACUGCCCCACCCCACAAUAACAAGCUCCUCAAAAUCAAAAGUGAUUUCUCCUGUGGCCAAACUCCUCAGCCCUUCAACAAGAACUGAACAUUGAUUUCUUCUCCUUGUCAUUCUCUCCAGCUUCCAGCACCUCACAAUGACCAAUUCCAUCCUUAACUUACCAAACAUAUUUUCCAGCAUAGUGACACACUUUCUCAUCCACAGCACCAACUCCCAUCCUUGGGAUUUCUUCCUUGUCUGCUAAAUAGUUUUGCCAAAAAAUUAUUCUCUUCUUCAGUUCCUCUACUGUGUGCUGAGCGCUCCCCCAUCCAAUGGAUGUUUAAUUAAUCAGAUAGGUUGCCAGCCAGAAAAAUUGGGCAAAUAAUUUGAAAGACAUCUUGCUGUUAGCAACAGAAAUUCAUCCUCUAGUGGCUCACAUCAUAACACCAUGUGGCCACAAUCCCUCUAACCUCAGCUCUCAGUAAGUGUAGCUGUAUAAGUAUCAAAUCCAUAUCUUGAAAGAUCAGAAGUAACAAGCCUGGGUGUUAUCCUUGAUUCAGAUUUGAAUUUUAAUCCCACAUAAAGAAAUUGACCAGAGCAGCAUUUCUAAACUUAAGAAAUAAAGUUAUGUCCAUCUUUAUCAAGUAAUCUUUGUAUUGAAUAGACUGCAAUACUGUGCAAAAGUCUCAGGUACACACACACACACACACACACACACACACACACACACACACACACUUCUGCAGAAAUUUUAUGUUUUGCACUGUACUGCUCCAAAAAAAACAUGAUAUAUGAGAGUGAUGAUAAACUUGAUUCUGAUAUGGGUCUCUGUUGUGGACUGAGAAUAGGAAGGGAGUAAGGAUAGGGGAAUCAUGUUUGGAAAAAAUGGAAAGGAAAGGGGAGAGGAGAGGGAGUGGAAAGCACCAGAGAGACAUUUUGUAAUGAUCAAUAAACCAAUUGUUUGGAAUCAAAUGAUCUUGCCCAGUGUCUCAGGGCUGGGUUUGUCUACAUCCAUACCUCUGCCCAUACCUGGUACUCCUUCUCUGCAAUCUGUCCCACUAACCUCCCUUGGCACUCCAUCCUUGGCAUUCCCAACAUCCUAUGCUCUCAGAAGGUUUACAAACUCGCUCUCUGGUUCAUGUUGAUAAAUGCAGUACUGUGCAAACGUCUUAUGUACCUGAGCUAUAUAUACAGCAAUAUAUUACAGCAAUGCACUUUUUACUGGUCUUCCAAAGCAAUCUAUUCACAAACUUCAACUCAUCCAGAAAUGCUGCUGCUGGACUUUUAACUAAAACCAGGAUGAGAAAGCAUAUCACUCCCAUCCCAACUACAGUACUCUGCAUUGACAUCCUGUAUCUUUCACAAUUGAUUUUAAAAUUAUCUUACUUGUUUUUAAAGCUUUCAAUGGUCUUAUAAUCCUGCUCAAGCUCCCAGGUCUUGUCCUGCUGGUCUCUUAAGUUCAGACAAUCUCCCUCAAAAGAUAAUUGACAGGUCAGCUUUUUUAAAAGACGCUCCUAAAUUGUAGAACUUAAUAUUGAAAACUUUAAGGGAUGUAGACACAGUUGACACUUCUAAAUGCCACCAGCUCUACACCUAUUUAUUUAAUCUUCCUUUUAACUAACAUCAUUUCAUCUUUUAUUUUCAUGUUUGCACUUUAUCCCAUUGUAAAGCACUUUGAAAUACAUUACUUGUAUGAAAACUGCUGUAUAAAUAACAUUAUUAUUUCCCGCUCUUCUAACCCCUAACAUUAACUUACUCCCCUCAACCCCACUCAUUAGGGCUGCUCUCAUGUCUAACGAAAAUCUUCACAACUUGUUCAAUCUUUCAUGAUAGUUGCAAUCUCUUAGUUUGGUGUAUUAUUGUAAACAUCUUCUUAAAUGCCUGUAUCUCCUUUCAAUAGAAUGGAGAUAAAAAAUGAGCAGAUGUAAGUGUGCCCAGAACCUUAAGUGUUUAACUACCUUACUGCUUUUGAAUUCUGCAAGAAAUAAAUGCCAUUUCAAGGUUAACAGCUCUUAAUUGCUUGGCUGACCUCCAAUGCUGCCUUCAAUUACUUUUCCCCCAAGAUUUCUGGAUCUUUUAACUGAUUUGAUAUUUUACCUUCUGAGGGGCAGGCCAUCUUUUUGUUUGUGCCAUUACGACGCACCACCCCACAUUUAUCAGUUAAGGUCAAUUUGCCACUGCCAGUCUAUAGGCCUAAUGCCAUUUUGUGUCAUGUUGCAUUUUACAGAGGCCUGUAAUUGGAUUGCUUGUUUUUGGAUUUAGUGGAAGUAUUUUUUCUUGAAUUGUAGAUGACUCCUUUGAUGACUUCCUGCUGCUUUCUGUCUCCUAGACUUUCAAGGUAUUCUCUGUUUAUUUUCUUUAAUCUCAUUCCCAUUUCCUCACUGCUAGCUCUUUUUUAGUCUAUCCUGACACUGUGUUCCAUUUAUGUCAAUCUGAAUCUUGAAUCCUAUGAUGUUGUUAUCACUACCACUGAGAUGCUAGCUUAUUCUAACUUGUGUUAUCCGUUCUGCUUCAUUAACCGUUAUAAUAGACCAAACUGAAUCCCUUCUUGGUGGACAUUUUAUAUUUUUAAUGAGAAAGGCCUCGAGUACAUCUGGUUUUUCUCACUAUAAAGAUAAAGAUUAGCUUUAUUUGUCACAGGUGCAUCGAAACAUCAAAACAUACAGUGAAAUAUAUUGUUUUUGUGCCUGUCUCAUGUAUGCUGAAGGAUCGAAACAUGCGACAAAGUUUUCUGUUUUUAAUCAACACCGUCUGCAAGUGUCAACAUAGCAUGCCCACACCUCACUAACUCUAACUUGCACAUCUUCUUGAAAUAUAUAAAAUUAGAUGGCACUGAAAUAUGUGCAUUAAAAAUUCAGUUCUCUGCGAGUCAAUGAAUACUUUGUUUGUAGGGCAGAAAUGGGAAAUUUUAAAUCAAUGGAAUUGUGAGUUUGAACGGGCGCCCAUCAUUAUGGAGUGUUCAAAGGUGAACAGGUUUGUUUGGGGUCAGUGAUUGGUGCAGUGGAGAGGAUGGCUGUCAGAGUUUGUGGACGUGUGGUGGGGAAGAGGUCAGCAGGGGGUUGGAUGCUAGUGGAUGGUGAUUGAUGAUAGGUUGGUGUCAUGUUUCAUUCAGGCCAACACAACAAAAGGUGGGAAGUUCAAGUGAAGCCAGCACGCUGGGAGAAGAGACCAGCCCCAAGGAUUUGCAGAUGAGAUGUCAGCUGUUGUAAUGUCCCUCAAUGGUAGGUUCUCAAUGCCAGCCCCUCUAAGAAAUGUUAAUGCAGAUCUCACCACAGUUGUUGAGGAGCAAAUAAAAAGACUCCUGGCAGAUCAAGCAGCAUCCAUGGAGGUUAAGGGAUAGCUGAAAUUUCAGGCUGAGACCCCACAUCAGAGGUGUCGAAGGGAGAUAGCCAGUGUAACGAGGUGAGAGAGAGGGGUGAGGUCAGGGCUGGCGGGUGAUGGGUGGAACCAGGUGAGUACAGAGAUGAUGGGGAGUUGGAGCUAGUGGGUUAAGGGGGUAGGCUGUAGUCAGGAGACAGUGGUUGGUGGGUGAUACACAGAAAAAGAUGUCAAUAGACAUUAGGUGCAGAAGUAGGCCAUUCGGCCCUUUGAGCCAGCACCACCAUUCAAUGUGAUUGUGGCUGAUCAUCCACAAUCAGUACCCCGUUCUUGCCUUCUCCCCAUAUCCAAUGAAGGUCAAUGAACCCCCCUCACCCCCUCUCCCCCUCUUCCUCUCCCCACUGACAUGUCAAUGGAGGUUCUCGGUAUUCCAGGUUGUUGUAUAUUAACCAGUGGUAAAUCAAGGCGACUGGAUUUGCUGUGUUGUCUAAAAGACAUUUUGCCACUCGUCCGAGAGGCUUCUUCAACUGCUUGAUACACAGAGGAAGAAUGUAUCUGCACACUGCACCGUACUGCUGCCCCAAAACAACAAAUUUCAUGACAUAUGUUGGUGCUAAUAAACCUGAUGCUGAUUCUAAUUCUGAAAAGGGACAGAUGGAGCCAGGAGGGAGAAAGAGGAGGAAGGAGUGAGAGACAGAGGUCUAAACAAGGGGUUACCAAUACUGGAAGCUGAUCCCUAAAGGCCAGUUCUGCUUAAGCAGAUGUAUGAAUGAUAUUAAGUCCUUGGUACCUUGGAGAGAGUUGUAGACAUUGAGGCUAUUGGAGCUGCUAGAGUGUAGAUCAGAUGAAUGGAAGACCUAGAGUGAAAUCAGACAGACCUUGUAAUUUUCAGUCAAAAUUCCACUUUCCUUUCCAGUCUAUUUUUCAUUGACAGUCAGCUGUGUAGUGUAAAAAAACACAUAGUAUGUAGUUUGUUUUUAAAUAGGCAUAACAUGCCUACUAGGUUGUCAUCUGUACAAUUUACUCCUACUGCCCACUUCAGUCCUUGUUCUCUUUCCUUGCUUUCACUGUUUGGCUUCUUCCGCCUCUAUAGUUGAUGUGCCUUAAUUCCAAUUAUAUUUUAACUGCUGGAUCCUGCCCACAAGCUGACUGUGCCUAAUUCACUAAGUGCUGGAACUUACACAAAUAUGGUAAACAAAAUUUCUGGACAAGGAUGCUAUGCUUUUCAUACUGAAUUUCAUCAAAGGACUCAAUUACUCUCUCUAGCUCUCUCUCUCUCCUUCUCUUUCUCCCCCUCCCCCUCUCCCUUCCUCUCCCUCUCUCAUACAUUUCUAUUCUGUAUGUGUGCUCCAAUUUCACCACAGAAUUUUUCCUGCCCUGCAGCAAUUAUGCAGACUUCCCUCAGUCUCAUCAAUUCUCCAUCCUCCCCUGACUUCACUCUCAUCAUACUUGGGCAACAGAUUCUACGUCCCUGUUCAAAACCAACCGACCACUGACUUUAACUCUAGACUCCAUUCCAUUGCCUCUUCUUUUGUCUUGAUUCAUGGGUUAAGUGAAGCACUAUCCAUUUUAUUCAUGUAUCUAUUCUGACUGAUUAAACCAUCAUCAUCCAUUUCCAUGCCUCCAUUAGAAUCUCUCUCCUUUGGUGAAUGAGAUUCUUCUUAUCCAAGAACUGCAACCACAUCAGGCCCUUAAUGAAAACCUGGUACUCCCUGACCAGUCUGCUUGAUAAAGACCUCACAUUUGUCCUUUAGGGAUCACGUGAGAAAGGAGACUGCCCUUUUGGAGGCAUUGUCAUUCAGUUUAAUGAUGCAGUCAAACUUCUGUCUGCUGGAUAUAAAAGACCCAUGACAUUUAUUUGGAUGAAGAGUGGGAAAGUUUUCUCUGAUGACAUGGCCAACAUUUAUUCAUAAUUCAACAUUACUGAAGCAAAUUAUCUGGUUAUUAUCAUUUGCUAUUAGUGGGAGUUUAGUUUUCCAUAAUAGGUUUAAAUAUUUCCUAUAAUGCAGCAGAGCUACACUCAAAAUCACUUGUGUAAAUUGCUUCGGAACAUCCCAAAAAUGUAUGGCAGCAUUUUAUAAAUCAUUUACAAAAUUCUUUUCUCAAUGGAAUGAAAGGGGAAAACAGAACUUCUUAUGUGACCCAUUUAGUUCUAUAAGCAUUGGAUAGGUAUAUUUAUCCUUCAUCUUUACUGUGGCUUAAAAUUAAAACUGAAUUUCAGAUUGUAAGUGAAUAAAAUCACUUAACUAUGCAGCACUGCACCGAACACAGAUGGAAUGCAGGACCAAAGGUGACCUUGGAGUCCUGGUGUAAAACAACUCCUGUUGCACUCUAACUGCAUUCUGAAGCAAUCCAUCAGAACCAUCCACUAAAAGCUGUAAUUCUAUCUGCGAUUACUGAGAGAAUGAGUACUUGAACUGGACCUUCCCCAUUAGAACCAAUUUGGUUCCACUUCGUUUUUCCGGAUUACUUUCUUGCGAAUGUGACCUCGGUUCCCAGGACUGUACUGUCAUUAGAUGCUUUGUCCAUUGUUAGUAUGCUCAUUAUCCUUCUUAGAAAAAGAGCUAUGAUAAAAUAGUCUUUACAAAACAUUUCUGCAGGAGCACCAGUGUAAUUGCUCCAAAUUAAUACAUAGUUCUCCCCUUUCCUAUAUUUACUGGCAGUGAAUCAAAGCCAAUUAAUUUGCCAGCUCAACAACUGCCUUCAGAAUUACUUUCCAUCAAAGUAGAUGAUAAUUUACAAUUUACACAAUGUUGCCUAAUCAAGGUAUCUCCAAGAGUUUGUAGCUAUUCUUUAUUAAAUUAGGAGUUGAUUUGAGUCAUCAAUUUCCAUCUGUCAUGUAAGAGGAAGUAAUUAGUACUUUUAGCUCACUGGUGAUUCACUGAGGCUCAAUAAUUUUUGCACAGAGCAAGAUCAAUGGGACUAUGCCAUUUAUAGGCAGGAAACAAGGGCUUAUUUUUGAUGCUUAAGGCUCAAGGAUCAGGAUUAAGGAUCAAUCUUAUGCCGCAUAUACAUUUAUAUGUAUUAGGAAUUUUCCAUGGUGUGUUGGCAUGACAUGCAACAAAAAACA